GAAGAUGUUGGUGGUGACAGUUGCUUUCCCCUCGAACAAAGAAGAGAAAUUCAAAUAAUAAUAAUAAUAAUAAAUAAAUAAAUAAAGGAUUGAAAACAUGAAUGUCACUAGCGGUGGCGAUGGUGGCGGAGUCGACGACGUUAACACAUCCUCCGCCCUGACCAACUGGACGUACACCGUCUCCCAAAGAUACCAACACCUUCUCGACAAGUCAACACCAUACGUCCGCCACCGUUGGAUCGGUUUCGGCGUCGUCUUGUUCAUCUACGUCCUCCGUGUUUCCUUCGUUCGAGGUUACUACAUCGUAACAUACGGCCUAGGGAUCUACAUUCUUCAGCUCUUCAUCAUUUUCCUUUCGCCUCAGGUUGAUCCCGAAUUUGAAGAAGAACCUUUCGAUGGCCUUGCCCUACCUACCCAUGGAUCCGAAGAAUUCCGCCCCUUCGUUCGUCGUCUUCCCGAAUUCAAGUUCUGGUAUUCAAUUACAAAAGCAGCUUGCCUUGCUUUUGUGUUGACAUUCUUCCGUGUAUUUGAUGUUCCUGUAUUUUGGCCGAUUCUAUUAUUCUAUUGGAUUGUGUUGUUUGUUGCAACAAUGAGGAGACAGAUAAGGCAUAUGAUAAAGCAUAGAUAUGUUCCCUACACAUUUGGCAAACGGCGUUACACAGGAAGGACUGAAGAAGUGGUUCAUGAUGCAUCCCCUGUUACAAGUUGAAUCUUCAUUGGUAACAUUUGUUGCAUAUUACAGGUACAUUGAACCAAUUAGAUGAUUAUUAUAAGUUAGAAUAGCGAUUUCAUUUACUGAAUUUGUUAUACAUUACAAUCUUGCAGUAUUGAGAAACAAAUUGUUAGUUGCCUUAAUUAGUACUUGUCA